AUGGAAAUGGACCGUGCUCCAGUGGACUGUGCUCCAGUGGACCGUGUUCUAGUGGACUGUGCUCCAGGUGACUGUGCUCCAGUGGACUGUGCUCUAGUGGACCGUGUUCCAGGUGACCGUGUUCCAGUGGACCGUGUUCCAGUGGACCGUGUUCUAGUGGACCGUGCUCCAGUGGACGGUGUUCCAGUGGACCGUGCUCCAGUGGACUGUGCUCCAAUGGACCGUGCUCCAGUGGACUGUGCUCCAGUGGACCGUGUUCCAGUGGACGGUGCUCCAGUGGACUGUGUUCCAGUGGACCGUGCUCCAGUGUACUGUGCUCCAGUGGACCAUGUUCCAGUGGACAGUGCUCCAUGGACUGUGCUCCAGUGGACCGUGCUCCAGUGGCCGUGCUCCAGUGGCCGGGCUCCAGGUGACCGUGCUCCAGGUGACCGUGCUCCAGUGGAUCGUGUUCCAGUGGGCCGUGUUCCAGUAGACCGUACUCCAGUGGACUGUGCUCUAGUGGACUGUGCUCUAGUGGACUGUGCUCUAGUGGACUGUGCUCCAGUGGACUGUGCUCCAGUGGACUGUGCUCUAGUGGACUGUGCUCCAGUGGACUGUGCUCUAGUGGACCGUGCUCCAGUGGACUGUGCUCUAGUGGACCGUGCUCUAGUGGACUGUGCUCUAGUGGACCGUGCUCCAGUGGACCGUGCUCCAGUGCUUUAG